AUUGUCACAACAAAGCAGAAGACUGUUACUAUGACAAGAAUGUGGAUGAUCGUAACAUGAGCUUGAAUAUCCAUGGUCAGUUCAGUGGUGGUGGAGUCUGCAUUAAUUGUACCCAAAACACUGCUGGUAUCAACUGUGAAACCUGUGUUGAUGGCUAUUUCCGACCACAUAAGAUAUCUCCAUAUGAUGACAAUCCUUGUGUUGAAUGCAGCUGCGAUCCUUAUGGCUCCCUGAACACCAACUGUGCUAAGGAUGAGGACCACUCAGACCCCCUUCGUGGCAUUUUACCAGGUCAGUGCCAUUGCAGAGAAGGCUAUGCUGGAGAGAAGUGUGAUCGCUGCAGUUUUGGUUACAGUGGCUAUCCAGACUGUACACGCUGCAACUGUAGUCUGGUUGGUAGCACCAACAUUGAUCCCUGUGAGAAGCCAUGCCACUGCAAGGAGAAUGUAGAGGGUGAAAACUGUGAUCGCUGCAAGCAAGGGUUUUAUAACCUUCAAGACAGAAACCGACAAGGCUGCACAGAAUGUUUCUGUUUUGGGGUGUCUGGCGUAUGUGAGAGUCUUCCUUGGGCUGUCGCAAAGGCACUGAACAUGGAUGGAUGGAUGGUAGUGGACAGGCAAGGCAACAACAGUGUACAGCCUCAUCGAGACCAUUUUGACAUUGCUAAUCAAAUUAGUAUUAACAACACACUUGCCAGAAAUGUUCUACCAUUUAUUUACUACUGGAAAGCUCCAUCAGCCUACUUGGGAAAUAAAUUAACUGCUUAUGGAGGUUUCCUGACGUAUACUGUGUCAUAUGACAUUCCACUCGAGAGUGCAGACAGUGAGAUGGUCUCCAGCAAGGAUGUCAUUAUAGAGGGCAAUGGAAAAACACUGCAUACAGGUCCUGAUGGAUUGUUAUUGCAGCCAUUUGAAAAGGAGACAGUCCAAAUUCAGCUUCUGCCUGAGAAUUUUGUGUCUGGCAGUACAAAUCAGCUGGUAGAUCGGGACUUGCUUAUGACAGUUCUUGCGAAUGUGUCACGUCUGCUGAUCCGAGCUAGUUAUGAUAGGGCAUGGAAAGCAGUAUACAGGCUAGGAUCUGUAACACUCGAUACAGCUAACCCGAAUGCUAUUGAUAUAUUGUCUGCUGCAGAUGUUGAAUACUGUGAGUGUCCCCACGGCUAUGCAGGGAUUUCAUGUGAGGCUUGCCUCCCUGGAUAUUAUCGAGUUGAUGGAAUACUGUUUGGUGGUAACUGCCAGCCUUGUGAAUGCAAUGGCCAUGCUUCAGAGUGUGAUAUCCAUGGUGAAUGCUAUGACUGCCAGCACAAUACCGUAGGCCCACACUGUGAUGAGUGUUUGACUGGCUUCUACAAAGAUCCAUCCAGAAGAACUGAAGAGGUUUGCCAGCUAUGUAGCUGUCCACUGAAUAUUGCAUCUAACAAUUUCAGUCCUACCUGCCACUUUAACAGUGAUGCUGACGUGAUCUGUGAUCAGUGCUUGCCUGGAUAUUCUGGUCCACGAUGUGAAAGGUGUGCAAAUGGUUAUUAUGGAAAUCCACUAGUGCCUGGCGGAGCAUGUAACCCUUGUGACUGCAACGGAAAUGUCGACCCACUAGAACCAGGCCAUUGUGAUCCAGUUACUGGAAUAUGCUUAAAAUGUAUCCAUAACACUGCAGGUCAACACUGUGAAAUUUGUGCAGAUGGUUACUAUGGUGAUGCUGUUGCAGCAAAAAAUUGUCACGCUUGUGACUGCCAUGUGAACAGCUCCUAUUCUGAGAUAUGCAGUCGUGAAACAGGAGAGUGCCAUUGCAAACCAAACGUGACUGGACAGCGAUGUGAUCAGUGCCUGCACGGACAUUAUGGACUGAACACUGGAUUUGGCUGCAUUCCCUGUAACUGUAACAAGGCUGGCUCUGUCUCAGAAGAAUGUACAGACGAGGGCUAUUGUCACUGUGUGCCAGGGGUCACUGGAAAGGGAUGUAGUCGCUGUGCCCAUGGUUACUAUGGCUUUGGGGAAACUGGCUGUACACCUUGUGAUUGUGCUCACACACAUAAUAAUUGCAAUCCAGAGUCUGGCGAAUGUAUCUGUCCUCCUCACACUCAGGGUCCGAAGUGUGAACUCUGUGAUGCCAGCUACUGGGGUCACGACCCCAACCAUGGAUGUAAGUUUUGCAACUGCAGUGAUGCUGGUUCAACCAGUACCCAGUGCGACCUGUUAACUGGCCAGUGUCCAUGUAUGCGGCAGUAUGGAGGUGAGAAGUGUGAGCAGUGUGCAGUAGGGUACAGAGCGUUCCCACAGUGCCUUCCUUGCAACUGCAACAUCAAUGGCACUAGAUCAGAAUGGUGUGAUGAGAAACAAGGGGUCUGCAGCUGUGAAGAGGAAACUGGCACGUGUUCUUGUAAGGAGAAUGUAUUUGGAUCUCUGUGUGAUGAGUGCACAUUGGGCACUUUUGCUCUCCGUGCUGAUAAUCCAAAUGGUUGCAGUCCUUGUUUCUGCUUUGGAGUGUCAAAGAUAUGUUCUGAGCUGGAAGGGCAUGUUAGAAUUCCUAUCACACUGACUCCAGACCAGCAUGUUCUACGUGUAGUAACAUUACAUAACCUGACUGGAACUGUGCAGGGUAUCUUUUCUCAGCCCCCCGACAUCUUGCUAGAUACUGCUGCAUUGCCACAACACCAGACGAAGGCUACAUUGUACUGGAGAUUGCCUGAUCAGUUUGUGGGAGACAAGUUACUGAGUUAUGGAGGAAAGCUGAAGUAUACAAUUGCCUAUUAUGCUUUUGGAGGAUCUGGCAGCUCUGAUUUUGAACCCCAAGUGGUGAUAAAAGGAGGUCACACAAACAAGCUGACUGUUUAUACUGAUGCUGUAACCCCAGACAAUGGAGUAAGGACUGAACAUGGCAUUGACAUGAUUGAGCACCAUUGGAGAUACUUCAAUUCAGUGUCUGAUCAGCCAGUUACCCGAGCUGACUUCCUCAAUGUGCUGAGUAACGUGGAUCACAUCCUCAUCAAGGCAUCCUACGGUACGCUACUGCAGCAGAGCAGGAUUUCCAGUGUAUCAUUGGAGGUUGCCACUGAAGCUGAAGAAGAACAUCAUGACAGAGAGGUAGCAUGCCUUAUAGAGUCAUGCAAUUGCCCCCCAGGAUAUACAGGACUUUCAUGCCAGGAGUGCAACACUGGCUAUUACAGGCAAAAUAUGAGUGGGCUGGAAGUUCAAGGACCCUUGCCACCAAUUGGUCCUUGUGUGCCAUGUCAUUGUAAUAACCACAGUGAAAUAUGUGACAUCAAAAAUGGAAAAUGCCAGGGCUGCAGGGAUAAUACAGCAGGUGACUACUGUGAUGUGUGCACCCCUGGAUACUACGGCAGAAUUACAGGAUCCAUUAGCGACUGCUCUCUCUGUGCUUGUCCUAGGCCUGGCUCUGGCAGUUUCAGUCCCACAUGUGUUCUUGAAGGUGACAGUGGUUUCCAAUGUGAUGCAUGCUUUGCGGGCUAUGAAGGACAGUACUGUGAAAGAUGCUCAUUAGGUUACUUUGGGGAACCUAAUGAGCCUGGUGGUCACUGCCAUGAGUGCCAGUGUAGCCCGAGUGGUUCCCUGCACAGCUACUGUGAUCGAGUGACAGGACAGUGUGCGUGCAAGCAAGGAGUGAUGGGAUAUCUUUGUGACCAGUGUGAACCUCGACAUAUCCUCAUGAAAGAAGAAUGUGCAUCUUGUGAUGACAAUUGCACUGGAGUCCUCCUUGAUGACUUGGAUAGUUUGCAUCUGUCUAUUUCAUCCAUUAACCUGACUGGAAUUAGGCCAGCACCCUAUGGUCUCCUUUUUGCCUUGGGAAAUACAACACGUCACCUGAAGAUGUCAUUAUCUUCAGAAAAGAACAGAAGUUUCAUCAUGCAAAGAGCAGCUGAGCGGCUGGAUGCACUUGCUGAAGACACAGAAAAUCUGGAUAAGAAGUCUGUACAGGUACUGAAUGAAAGCCUCAAACUGCAUGUGGCUGUAGACAGAACUCUGAACCAGAGUCAGAAGCUGAUGGCGCUUAUCACAGGGCUGCACACAACUACUGAAGCCCUUGCAGAAAUGACAGCAAACUUGAAUGAGACUUUGGACCAUACUUUCCAAGUACCUAACAGCACUUUCCAGCAGCUGCAGACUGAUAGCUUUAUGAUGCUGGAAGUUAUGCGCAGGAAGAACUUCACAGAUCAGCACUUGGCUGCAACAGCUGAGUUCACAUCAGUGGAAGCUUUACUACAGCAGAUUGACAAGCUGUACAGAAAGCCUUACCUGGGCUUAAACAGUUUGAAAAAACAGAUGACUGACAUCUUGACUGAGCACAGCAGCAAGUUACAGGAAGCACAGGACCUGGUGAAUGAGGCUAGAACCAAUGCCAACGAAACAAACAGGCUUCUGUAUAUCAUUUCCAGCACCUUGUCAGAGCUGUCUGAGAAGAAACUGACAGUAGAGAACAACAGCAACACGGCAUAUAUGUUGAUUGCAGAAGGGCAUUCCAUGAUGGAUGUUGCAAGAGCAGGGGACAUCGUAAAUGAAACAGCUGAGUUAGAAUCCUACCGUGAUGACACACUCAUGUGGAGUAUAAAGUUGAGGAAGCAUGUAGAUGACCUUGUCAUGCAGAUGGCUGAGAGAGGAGUACUGGAGCUUGUCUUCAAAUCAGAAGAUCAUGCAGCCACUUUACAGAGACUGGCAGAUUCACUCAACAGUGCUCUUCUCAAGGUACGAAAUAUUUCACUGAACUCCACAAUUGCAGUUCAUGCACACACUAAUAUUUAUUCACUCACCAAGAAAGCCGAACAUUUGUCCGUUAGUGCCAACAAGACAGCAUCAGGUGCAUGGGAUAUGAUUAUUCAUUCAGAAGAAUCCUUGGAGCAGGUCAGUAAAGACAAAUUAAGUCAUAGCAUGGAACUUCAGAGUGAGACAGCUGAUUUGAGCAAGAAAUCACAGAGUCUAGUUCUGGAAUUAAAUGGAUUGAAAGAACGAGUUAGUACAGUUCGCAGUAAAUGCCAAAACAUAAGUGAGCUACUAAAAGAGCCAGUGCUUACACUGAAAGCUUUGUCAAAUGCUACUACUGGAGACUUGCAGGAUGUGAAGGAUCGUGCCAUCUCAGCCAGCACAAGCACCGCUGCAGCUUUGGAGAAAGUGAGAAACUUGACUCAGCAACUGCUCAACACUUCUUCUACUUUAUCCAGCGUGAAUAAUACCUUGCAAGAAACAAGUGACCUGAUUACUAGCUCUUCCAUGGUUGCCGUGUCAGCUGAAGAGAAGGUGAAAGAAGCAGAAACCCAAGCCAACCUAUUACUUGACAGACUGAAACCACUGAAGGUGCUAGAGGACAAUAUUAGCAGAAACUUGUCUGAAAUCAGAGAACUCAUCAGCCAGGCACGCAAGCAGGCAGCAUCUAUCAAAGUUGCUAUGCUAGCAGAUCGAGACUGUAUUCGUGCUUACAAGCCUACAAUUUCUUCCCAAAAUUAUAAUACCCUGACACUGAAUGUGAAAACUACAGAGCCAGACAACCUGCUUUUCUACAUGGGCAGCAGAAGUAGUCCCGAAUUUCUGGCUGUAGAGAUGAGACGAGGAAAAGUUUCCCUGCUGUGGGAUGUUGGCUCUGGGACUACAAGACUUGACUAUCCUGAUCUCGUGAUCAACAACAACAGAUGGCAUAGAAUUCAUGCAGCCAGGUUUGCUAAAAGAGGCUCACUCAGCGUACAAGAACUUGAUUCUUCUGAGAGACCAGCAGUUAAAACUGCAGUUUCACCUGGCACGGCAACUGUCCUCACAGUCGAUGAAUCAACAGUGAUGUUUGUUGGGGGUAUUGGUGGUCAGAUCAGGAAAUCAGCAGCAGUAAAGGUCACACACUUUAAAGGCUGCAUGGGUGAGGCAUCUCUAAAUGGAAAAUCAAUUGGAUUGUGGAACUACAUGGAAAGGGAAGGCAAAUGCGGUGGUUGCUUUGGAAGCCGACAGAAUGAAGAUUCCUCAUUCCAUUUUGAUGGCAGUGGGUAUGCUGUGGUAGAGAAGCUUCUUCGAUCUACUGUAACUCAAAUGGUGAUUUUUUUCAACACAUUUUCUCCAAAUGGAUUGCUGGUGUAUCUGGUUUCCAGUGGCACGAAAGACUACUUGACCGUUGAGCUUGUUGAUGGCAAGGUUAGUCUGACCUUUGACCUAGGCACAGGCCCAUUAACUCUAACAACAGAUAGGCGGUACAACAAUGGAACAUGGUAUAAAGUUGCAGUUCAGCGGAAUAAAAAAAAAGGAGUGUUAGUAGUCACAGAUUUCUACAAUGCAAGUGACAGAGAAACUAAAGAAGGGGAUUCUCCAGGCUGGUCUUCAGACCUUGAUCGCAUGGCCAUAGAUCCAAUAUACAUUGGAGGAUUGCCUCGCUCCGUAACCGUCAGGAAACAGCUCAGCAGCAGAUCGUAUGUUGGCUGCAUAAAGAACCUGGAGAUAUCACGGUCUACGUUUGACUUGUUGAAAGAUUCCUAUGGUGUGAGAAAAGGCUGCACAUUAGAGCCUAUUCGUAGUGCCACAGUUCUGAAGGAUGGCUUUAUUGAACUUCAGCCAAAGUCACUGUCUCCAGAGUCAGAAAUACUUGCAACUUUCGCAACCAAAAACAAUACUGGGAUUUUGCUGGCAGGACUUAACAAAGCUGGAGGAAAACGCAGUCGCCGACAAGCACAGUUGCCCUUCUUUGCCGUAAUGCUAAUUGAUGGUCACAUUGAAGUACAUGUCAAUGCCGGAGAUGGAACUAGUACAAGAAAGUUGCUUAUCAAGUCUUCUUCUGGAACUUUCUCUGAUGGACAGGAGCACUCUGUCAUAUUUGUUCGUAAUAAAAGAUCACUGUCUGUGCAAGUCGAUGAAGCCAACCCCUCUGAUGUGAAACUUGGUCCAUUAGCAGACGCUAAUCUACUGAAUUUCUCUAAUUUCUACAUUGGUGGAGUUCCCUCAAUAGAUGCCAUGGAAAUUCUCAAGACAACCCAGUCUUUCUAUGGCUGUAUCAAGAAUUUGAUCUUUGACAUGGAGCUGCUAGAUUUCACAGCUGCAUUAAGAUACAGUAACGUGGACAUGGGAAGCUGCCUCCUUUCAGAGCAGCCAAAGGCUGAUCCACCACCUGAUGAGAGUGAACCACUAGGUGAAGUACAACCCACACCUUCACUUUUACCAAGGUUGGAAAAGAAAAUACCAUAUGUCACACCACAACAGACCACCGUGGCUGCCAAGGUUCAGUGUGCCACAGAUGAAGGACCAGCUGUUUUGACUAAUGCCUUUCAGUUUGGACUUGCCAAAAACAGCCACGUUAUUCUGCCAUUUGAUGCAGCUGUUGUCAAAAGAAAGUUUUCUUUGCAGCUGAACAUUCGGACCUACACUUCCAGUGGGCUGGUGUACUUAGUGGGUCAUCAAAACCAAAUGGACUAUGCUGUUCUACAGCUGUACAUGGGGCAGCUUCAUUUCCUGUUUGACUUGGGAAAUGGCUUAGCAACUGCUACAGUUCCUAGAGCUGUUAGUGAUGGAAAGUGGCAUUCAGUAAAGACUGAGAUUGCAAAGAAGAAAGGUACAAUCACAGUAGAUGGAAUUGAGUCUGUUCCUGUCACCGUCAUAGGGAGCAGCAACACACUAGAUGUCGAGGGCAAGUUAUAUCUCGGUGGCCUACCCUCAGACUAUACUGCCAAGAAGCUUGGAAAUGUUACAUACAGUGUCCCAGGCUGCAUUGAGAAAGUGAACCUAAAUAACAAGCUGCUGGGCAAAGAGUCUCCGCUGUCGAUCCAUGCUGUGAGUAGCUGUUACGCUGCAGCACAAGAGGGCACAUUCUUUGAUGGAACAGGAUUUGCUACUUUAGCUGAGGAUGGAUACAAAGUCCGAUCUGAUGUCAUCAUUACAUUUCAGUUUCGCACUACUUCACAAAACGGGGUCUUACUUGGAAUCAGCAGUGCAAAAGUGGAUGCUGUCGGACUAGAAAUUGUAAAUGGGAAGGUACUGUUCCAUGUUAACAAUGGUGCUGGGAGAGUGACUGCCACAUACGAACCACCUGGUGCGGCCAGCCUGUGCGAUGGGAAGUGGCACAAAGUUCAUGCAAACAAGAGUAAGCACCACAUGGUUCUCACUGUCGAUGGAAAUGCAGUGCGAGUUGAAAAUCCAUAUGUUCGGUCAACUGCUGCAGAUACUGAUGACCCCAUCUAUGUUGGUGGCUAUCCUGCUAAUGUGAAACAGAACUGUCUGACUAUUCAGGAUCCAUUCCAUGGCUGCAUGAGAAACCUGCAGUUGAUAAAAGGCCAGUCAGCUGAGGUGUUUGACUUCAGUGAAUCUUUCAUCCUUCUUGGAGUCUUCCCUCAUUCCUGUCCUGGCGCCGGACAGUGAAACAUCAAGAAAACGCUUCCUUCUGAAAUGCUUGAAGACAGGAAACAGACAUUCUGUUGUCCACCCAUUUCAGUUGUUUGCCAACUCAGGACAAAUAUUUUUGGACACAUUUUUAUGAUAAUACUUGACUAAACAUUUUAUACGACAGAUACCUCUACUAAACUGUUAACAGAGAUAAACAUACUUUUUUGCUGAUAAGUCAGUGUUUACAAGUGAGUAUUUUUUGAAUGUUUCUUGACAGACUAUUUCCUGAACACUGAAGACCAAGAAAAGCCUGCCUGAAGUACUGGCAUAAUAAAACAUCUGACUUUUAA